GCAUAUGUCAGUCACACCGGUAAAAUACUCCGACUAUUACAUCCGCUCCGUCAAUCUUACAACCGCCAACUGUCAACAUCACACCAACCACCGUUUCCGGCUGCUCAGCCACCGCCAUAUCCAGGGACAAAUUCGUGACAGAUCUGAUCAGAUCAGUGGCUGUAGUUCAACUUCCGCGAAAUGGAGGAGGCGCUAGAAAUGGCACGUGCCAAGGAUACGAAAGAGAGAAUGGCCGGAGUAGAAAGGCUACUCGAACUUCUAGAAGCAUCGAGGAAGAGCCUAUCGUCGUCGGAGGUCACGUCUCUCGUCGAUUGUUGCGUGGAUCUCUUGAAAGACAAUAAUUUUAGGGUUUCACAAGGCGGGUUACAGGCUCUCGAUUCCGCUGCGGUUCUAUCUGGUGAUCACUUUAAGCUUCAUUUGAAUACUUUAGUUCCUGCAACCGUUGAGCGCCUUGGUGAUGGGAAACAACCCGUUCGCGAUGCUUCUCGACGCCUAUUGAUCACUCUCAUGCAGGUUUCUUCUCCAACCCUCAUUGUAGAGAGAGCUGGAUCCAAUGCUUGGACUCACAAAAGUUGGAGAGUUCGAGAGGAGUUUGCAAAAACUGUUACAACUGCGAUUAAUCUUUUUGCAUCUACAGAACUACCACUUCAACGUGCCAUUCUGCCUCCUAUAUUACAGAUGCUAUAUGACCCUAAUCCAGCAGUCCGAGAAGCUGCUAUUUUAUGUAUAGAGGAGAUGUAUGCUCAAAUUGGGUCUCAGUUUCGUGAAGAACUUCAUCGGCAUCAGCUUCCAUCAUCAAUGGUAAAAGAUAUAAAUGCCAGACUAGAGAGAAUUGAACCAAAGCAUCAUCCUUCAAAUGGACGUCACGCUCCUGCUGAUGCAAAACUCUCUAAUCAUAAUCCCAAAAGAAGCAGCCCAAAGGCCAAAAGCUCCUCUCGCGAAGUUUCUCUUUUUUCAGGUGAAAGUGAUGUCAAUGAAAAGCCAGUAGACCCAAUCAAAGUGUACUCAGAGAAGGAGCUGAUUCGGGAAUUUGAGAAGAUUUCUUCAAUUCUUGUUCCCGAAAAAGAUUGGUCCAUCCGCAUUGGUGCCAUGCAAAGGAUAGAGGGCCUUAUCAUUGGAGGUGCGAUUGAUUAUUCAUGUUUUCGUGGACUUCUAAAGCAGCUUGUUGGUCCCUUAAGCACACAGUUAGCUGAUAGAAGAUCUAGCAUAGUUAAACAGGCUUGCCACUUAUUAAACUUUUUAUCCAAAGAGCUGCUGGGAGAUUUUGAGGCAUGUGCAGAGAUGUUCAUCCCUGUCCUUUUCAAGCUUGUUGUGAUAACAGUACUUGUAAUCGCAGAGUCAGCAGAUAACUGCAUAAAAACGAUGUUGCGUAACUGCAAGGUUUCCCGUGUACUACCUCGUGUUGCUGACACUGCAAAACAUGACCGGAGCUCAAUACUACGUGCCAGAUGCUGUGAGUAUGCUUUGUUGAUAUUGGAAUAUUGGGCUGAUGCCCCUGAGAUACAACGUUCAGCAGAUCUUUAUGAAGACCUUAUCAAAUGUUGUGUUGGUGAUGCAAUGAGCGAGGUGAGAGCAACUGCUAGAGCUUGCUACAGAAUGUUCUCCAGAACAUGGCCUGAUCGUUCCCGUCGGCUGUUUUCACUAUUUGAUCCUGUUAUUCAAAGGAUAAUAAACGAUGAAGAUGGAGGUAUGCACAGGAGGCAAGCUUCACCCUUGCUUCGUGACAGAAAUCCACAAGUGUCACUUAACACCCACAUUUCCACUCCUUCAAAUCCACCUGGAUAUGGAACUUCAGCCAUAGUUGCCAUGGAUAGAAACACAACCUUACCUUCUUCUGUAACCUCUCUCUCCUCCGGACUUUUAUCAUCACAAAAUAAGGGUGGUACAGAGCGUAGUCUGGAAAGCAUGUUGCAUUCAAGUAAAGAGAAGGUUACAGCCAUUGAGACCAUGCUUAAAGGUUUGGAUUUCGACAGAGCAAAAUCUUCGAGUCUUGAUCUUGGAGUGGACACACCUUCAUCUCGUGAUCCACCAUUCCCUCUUGCUGUUCCUGCUUCCAGUAAUCUCCAUAGCAUCUCUAGAAGUAGCAAUCAUGAUGGGGGCUUGGCUUUAUCAGACAUCAUGUCACAAAUUCAGGCUUCAAGAGACACUUCCAAACACUCAAACGAGACUUUCUCAUCUCAUUCAUCCUACACAGCUAGAAGAGUUGAAAAACAUCCAGAAAGUAACUCUUUUGAAGAUCACAAUGACAUUAGGGUUGCCAGGAGGUCUGUAAACAGACAAUACUUAGACACACCACAUAGAGAUACACAUUCACAUUCACAUCAUGUUCCUAAUUUUCAAAGGCCACUUUCAAGAAAAAACGUAUCAGGACGAAUGUCUGCAAACAGACGCAGGAGCUUUGAUGAUAGCCACUUAUCCUCUACAGACACGCCUACCUUUACAGAAGGACCAUCUUCUCUCAAUGAUGCUUUAACCGAUGGGCUGAGUUCUAAUUCAGAUUGGCAUGCCAGAGUUGCUGCUUUUAGUUACUUACACUCUUUAUUACAACAAGGCCCUCGAGGAAUUCAAGAAGUCAUACAGAGUUUUGAGAAAGUCAUGAAAAUGUUCUUCCAACAUUUAGAUGACCCUCAUCAUAAAAUCGCACAAGCAGCUCUCACAACACUUUCAGAUCUCAUCCCAGCUUGUCGAAAACCUUUUGAAAGUUACAUGGAGCGAAUUUUACCACAUGUUUUUUCUCGAUUAAUUGAUCCAAAAGAAUCAGUGAGGCAACCUUGCUCUUCAACUUUAGAAAUUGUUGGGAAAAUCUACAGUGUGGAUUCUCUUUUGCCAGCUUUGCUUCGUUCUUUAGAUGAACAACGAUCACCCAAAGCAAAACUUGCUGUAAUCGAGUUUUCUGUUACUUCAUUUAAUAAAAAUGUGCCAAACCCUGAAGGCUAUGGUAACAGUGGGAUUCUGAAGUUAUGGCUUGCUAAACUGACGCCAUUGGUUCAUGAUAAAAAUACAAAACUGAAGGAGGCAGCUAUAACAUGUAUCAUAUCCGUGUACUCUUGUUUUGAUUCGACUUCUGUUUUGAAUUAUAUUCUUAGUUUAUCGGUUGAAGAACAGAAUUCUUUGAGGCGUGCACUUAAGCAACUUACACCUCGUAUAGAAGUGGACUUGAUGAACUAUAGGAAAGAUAGACAUCGUUCUAUAUCCUCUUAUGAUCCUUAUGAUGUUGUUGGGACUUCUUCAGAAGAUGGGUAUAUUGGGGUAUCGAAGAAGAUUCCCAUGUUUGGAAGGUAUUCUAGUGGCUCUGUUGAUAGUGAUGGUGGUAGGAAAUGGACUUCUGUACAAAGUGAUGAUCACCUGUAUCAGGACAUUCAUACUUCAAAUGGAGUUAAUGCCACAAGUGAUAAAGUAAGAUCCUGGAAUACUCGAUCAGAAGUUUUGGAGGGCAACCCAAGUAUGGAGGUUUCUUCAGUUCCUUGUAUAAAUCAUGAUGAUGAGAAGACUGCAGCAGAAUUGGAAUUCAGUCUUUUGAAACUCACAGAAUUGAAGAGUGACUUUUCUGCAGAUAGUGGACCAAGCAUUCCUCAAAUCCUUAAUCAGAUCUGUAAUGGAAAUGAUGAGUAUUCUGCUGCAAGCAAGUGCUCGGCACUUCAGCAAUUAGUUGAUGCCUCUUUGGUCAAUGAUUCAUCCAUAUGGACUAAGUAUUUCAAUCAAAUAUUGACGGCUGUAGUUGAGGUUUUGGAUGACUCUGAUUCAUCUGUCCGGGAACUUGCUCUUUCAUUAGUAGUUGAAAUGCUAAAAAAUCAGAAAGAGGCGAUGGAGGAUUCUGUUGAGAUUGUAGUUGAAAAAUUACUACACGUCACCAAGGACUCAAACCCAAAAGUGGCAAUUGAAGCAGAGCAUUGCUUGAGUAUUGUUAUGUCUGAAUAUGAUUCUUUUAGAUGUUUAAGUGUUAUAGUCCCGGUGUUGGUUACUGAAGAUGAAAAAACGCUUGUUAAUUGUAUAAAUUGUUUGACAAAGGUUGUGGGUAGGCUCUCCCAUGAUGAUUUAAUGGCUCAAUUACCAUCGUUUUUGCCUGCGCUUUUUGACGCGUUCAGUAACCAAAGUGCUGAUGUUCGCAAGACGGUGGUGUUUUGCCUGGUGGACAUCUACAUAAUGCUUGGAAAAGCGUUCUUGCCAUAUUUAGAAGGUCUCAACAGCACACAGUUGCGAUUAGUUACCAUAUACGCUAACCGUAUUUCACAAGCCAGGACAGGUACUCCCAUUCAGGGCUAAACACAAACACAAAAUUUUUUAAUUUUUUUUUUCAGAAAUGGAGAGAGAGUGUGUGUGUGUGUGUGCAGUGUGUUCUUCUUGUUCAUUCAUUUGUAUAUUUGUAAGUUUGGGCUGGCAUCAUUUUAGUUUUUUUUUGGCUGUGUGAGUGUUUGGAGGGUUGGUAUUAUUAUAUUGUAUGUGUUCUUUUAAUUUUGUUGUGUCCAUAACAGUAAUAAUAUAAUGAAAUUAUGUCAUCAAUGUAUGUAUGGGUG